UCAUCAGAUCGUUUGAUAUUUAUGAAUUUAUUUUGAUAAGAAAGACAAACAUUGAAAACAGGCUAUAGUCUUAAUCUAAAGAUUUUUCUCUUUAUUUAUAAUACAGUGAUAUAAACAUUAAGACAAUGUGAAGGAGGUUAAUCAUUUUGUAUGGAUGUAGAUCUCAAAUUGCGUUGGUUGUCGGUUUUGCCGUGUUUGAGCUUUUGUCAAGAAAGAAUCAGGUAUACAGUUACAUCUUAAAAAAACAACCAAGAUUUUACAAAACUUGUUGUCAUCGAAGAAUAAAAAAUAAGGAUGGAGUCGGAAAACAAGAAAAUGUCGUUUUCACAAGUUAUUAAGGAGUUGAUGGAGUCGAGUACUGUCCACGGAAUUCCCAAAAUUGCGUCCUCUCGCCAGGUGGCGGUCAAGGUCAUGUGGUGUAUUCUUAUGCUGGCUGGAUUUUGUGUCUUGACCAUACAGCUUGUUUUCUUAUUCAGGACUUUUCGCUCACAUCCAGUGCAGACGACAGUAUCGUUAGAAUUUAGUACCCUUCAAUUUCCCGCCAUUUCUUUUUGCAACAUGAACCCGGUGCGAAAGUCUAAAAUAGGAAUGUCUGCGCAACUCAGAGAUACAUUAUUUCCUAAGAAAAAGAAAUACUCUUUGAAUACGGAUGAAAACCCUACUGUGGAAAUAGAAAAGAAUUCACGACGAAAAAGAGAAGAUUUUGACCUCAUUGGAGAUUACAAUGUCCUUCCAGACGAAACAUUCAAGAACAUUACGAAUGAAAACAUUGAGGAAACGCUUGAUAAUGCGGUAGAAGUUUUUCCAAACGAUACUGCAUAUGACACUGUCGAUAUUGCAGACGACAAUAUCACUAGUUCUUUAUCAGAAAGUACAGUUGCUCCAGAAAGUACGACUUCUUAUUACUUUGAGUAUGACGAUGAUAAUAAUUAUGUUUGGGACGUAUUUGAUUAUCAUCGCUUUGAAGAGGAUGAGUUCAAUUUGACAGCAUUUAAUGACACGACAAACACCAUACAACUGACACUUUCUGAACAUUACCAGGAUCCUAAAGACAAAUGGGAGGCGCUGAUAACAAAAUUCAAGACAACAUAUAGGAAUAUUUCUGUAGAAAAACGGAAGCGUAUGGGCCACCAAAGUCAAGAUUUUAUACAAUAUGCAUCAUUUGCUCGACGCGAGCAAAAUAUAUCGAAAUACUUUCAAAUGUUCACAACAUCUGAUUACGGGAACUGUUAUACGAUGGACCACACAAAGUACAAAGCUUGGGGGAGUGGACCUGACAGUGGUAUAAAGCUCACAUUAUAUCUAGAAGUAGAUGAAUAUAUAGAGAAUUAUUCGUCUGGUUAUGGUGUCCGUAUUGUAUUUCAUGAGCCUGGGACAUUUCCUAUGCCCGCUGAAGAAGGGUUGACGCUGAGCCCAGGUUACGAGACAAGUAUUGGUUUGAGGGCUAUAAACGUCACCCGUCUAGAUGAACCUUAUGGGGAUUGUACUCCGGACGGAAAUAAAUUCCGAAAGAAGUAUAACAUUACUUACAGUAAAACGGCGUGCCUGGCGUUUUGUCGUGUAGAAAGCGUUAUAAGAGAAUGUGGGUGUAUACCAUUUGAUGCACCAGAUAUAGACUUUGGCAAGAAACACCCAAUAUGUGGCAGUCGUUACUUUGACGAAUAUUGUGUAGACGAUGUAGAUAAUAGGUUUGAACAUGGUGCACUUGAUUGUGACUGCAUUAGUCCAUGCUCUGAGUUCGUAUACAGCAAGACAAUGUCAGGGCGUGUUUGGCCACACAAAGACUACCUGGAGAAAGUGUUAAUGAAGGAUAUAUGUGCAAAGAAUCUGACGUCAUUAAAAAGCGCAUGCGCACAAAUUCAAAAUGAAACUACAGACUUCAAUUAUGUCAGAUACAAGAAUAACUUCGUUCGAGUAUUGAUUUAUUUUGAAGACCUGAACUAUGAAAAGAUAACAGAAGAACCGUUUUAUACGCCAGUUAGGUUCGUAUCGGAUAUAGGCGGUGCUGCCGGGCUGUUUAUGGGCAUUUCACUUCUCAGUUUCUUUGAAAUUCUACAACUUAUUCUAGAAGUAGUCCUGCACAUGUUCAACAGAAAAACUAAGAUAGACGAAGUACCUGAGAAAAAGGGCGUACCAUGUUAAUACUUAUAUAACGAAUUCAAUGUGUUUCUUCCAAAUCAAUGUUGUUGUGCGUGUGCGUGUGCAUGUGCGUGUUUUUCUAUUUGGAAAGUCAGUUAUUAAAAAACUGAAGCUCAGACGGAAUACAGUGCUGACAUCUCCUGUCGCACAGCAUGUCAUGUCAUGAUUUGGAAGAAGAAAAUCAUUACGUUGUGUUGGACAGGACAAAGCUUUGCAUCAUGUGUUGCAAAAACUAACAAAACACAAACUUUCUCUUAACUUUAGAUAAUAUUCCGUAUUUAGAAUUGUCAUUAGAAAGUGAAUUAACAACAAUACUGUCAACGAUACACCUUGAAUAAAAUAUGAGAAAAAAGUACAAAUAAAAUACUCAUGUGAAGUUAAGUGAAGAAAUUGAGCUGAUUCACUAAAAUGCUUGAAAAGUCAGAACAACUUAGCAAAUGCAAUGCGAUGCUUGUGUAUAAGGAAGGUGGCAAUUAUAUGCUCAACGUCUUGCUUGUUGUGUAAAAUAAUAAAUAUUGAUAAUAUUACUUUGAAAAAAAAAAGACUUUAUGAGCAGAAUGUAACUGAUUGUAGAAUUAGAUUAUUUAUACGGAAUGGUUAAGAUAAAAAAAAUUCAACAAAAAAGAUUACAUAUAUCAUGUUAAAUUAAUUUUUAAAAAUUGAAAUUACUAUGAUCAUUUAUUACCUAGUAGUUAAAGAAUGUAUAUCAUAAAAAACAUUAUCUCCACUUUCUCUAAAAAUCCAAAUAUGUAGACAUAGUAGCAAUAUAUUACAAAUCAUAUUGUCAAACCUGUGAUACUCAUGAUAUCGAAGAUGAAUAUCAUUUUAUUCUUUAUAUCCUUGUAAUAGAAACAUUGGUAAGAUAUACAUGUAUACACUAUAAACAAGUAAAGCUGGAAAGUCACUAUAUACAUAUUUAUGACUUUUAAAGUGUCGGUGUUGCUCAAACCAAAUAACAACAAACAAGUAAUUAUAUUUGUUCGAAAAUCAAUAUUUAAUAAAGGUUUAAACAAAUCUUUAUUGAUAACAUUAGCAAUGUAUUUCAAAGAAAGCUUGGUAAUUAGAAAUACUCGUAUAUAUUUGUAAAUUUCUAAAACUCUUUGAUCAUCCUCUUCCAAGACAGUAAGAAAAGUAUCUUCACUUAUCAGUAUGUUGUUGUUUUUUAUGUGAUCAUGACCACGUGACAUAUAGAAAUUGUUUUGCAUAUCUAAUUGCAUCACGAUGUGCAAGUACAAAAUAAUGUAUUUUCUUUA